UGUGUGUGUGUGUGUGUGAGGGAGAAAGAAAAAUAAUCUUUUCAAAUCUCCUCCCUCUUUUCUUCCCCCCUCGUUUCUUUGCUUUUCUCUAAAGCUCUCUGGUCUGUGAAGCACUUUUUCCCUUUCCUCCUCCUCGGGAAAAUGGAGACGCUCCGUCUUCUCUCUCUCCUGGGCGUGAGGCUGCCAAGGAUUUUCCUUUUUCUUUUGCGUUCCUCGUUGGAUUUGCUCUCAUCGACCACCUCUUAUCAUCUUGUCAUAAUUUUCCGCUAUAUCUUUUUAGCAUGGGCUGUGCUUUUUUGGUUUUUUUACGGGGAUUCCCAAUUCGUUUCGUUUAUAUGGUUUCCCCCCCCUUCUUUUGUUACUCGGUGUUUUUCUUUUUCUUGUCUCCUCCGGUAUCGCGUUUAAAGGAAUGGAAAUGGUGAUUGUUUCUGUGUAUGUGAUUCUACGUCGGUAGGAUUAAAGAGGGUGGGGAGGGGGAAGAAAAAAUAAACCUUAAUAGUAGGCUGUAAUAUACGUUUUUUAAAACGGCAAGAAUAAUAAAUAUUCUACAUCUGUAAUAACGCCUUCGUUUUUGUCUUUCGAUGAACGUGAGCUUGUUAACUGCCGCCGGAUUAGUCUUCCAACAAAGUACUUUUUUGUGGUUAAUUGAUUUUCAGUUAUGGUUACACUAUAAUGGGGGGGGGAUGGGGGAAGAGAAAGCCUUAGUUAAAAGGCUGGCUUGAAAAAUCUCUGAAAUGUUGGAUCAUUUUUGAGUUGUCAUGGAUGAUGACGAUGAUGAAUCCUGUCUCUUUGAUCUUAUUGGAGAUGCACAGGCACUGAAUUAUUUCCUCCAUGGAGCAGGCAGUAAACCUAACAGUGAAGACUUGACUAAUGCAGGAUAUUCUGCAGCCAACUCAAAUUCCAUAUUCGCCAAUAUCAGUAGUUCUGAUCCUAAGUCAUCAAUCAAAGGUGUCGGUAGUCAGCUUGGAGAAGGGUCUAGCGAUGGACUACAGUUGCCAAGUAGCCUUCAGUUUCUUGAUGAUGAACUUGAAUCUUCUUCCUUGCCUGAUCUUAGUGAAGAUCAGCCUUUUGAUAUCCUCCAGAAAUCUUUGCAGGAAGCUAAUAUUACUGAACAGACUUUGGCAGAAGAGGCUUAUCUGGAUGCCAACAUAGGCCCUAACCAACAGUUUGCACAAGCUCAGCUUCAUCCUUCCUCAUCAGCAUCUUUUACUCAGGCUUCUAAUGUUUCUAAUUACUCAGGUCAGACGCUGCAACCUAUAGGAGUUACUCAAGUGGUACAGCAACCAGUUGGAGCAUCUUUUGCAAGCAAUACAGUUGGUGUGCAACAUGGCUUUAUGCAACAUGUGGGGAUCAGUGUUCCUAGCCAGCAUUUGUCAAACAGUAGUCAAAUUGGUGGUUCAGGACAGAUACAAUUAAUUGGUUCAUUUAGUAAUCAACCUUCCAUGAUGACCAUCAAUAAUCUUGAAGGGUCUCAUAUUAUUUUGAAGGGUGGUGGGCAGCAAGCACCUGGAAACAUGAGUGGUGGUCUCUUGGUUCAUAGACAAACACCUAAUGGUAACUCAUUGUUUGGCAACUCAAACUCCAGUCCAGUAGCACAACCUGUAACUGUUCCAUUUAAUAGUACAAAUUUUCAGACAUCUUUGCCUGUGCAUAACAUCAUUAUACAGAGAGGUCUUGCUCCAAAUUCUAACAAGGUUCCCAUCAAUAUCCAGCCAAAGCCUAUUCAGAUGGGCCAGCAAACUACCUACAAUGUGAAUAGCUUGGGAAUACAGCAGCAUCAUGUGCAACAAGGGAUUCCUUUUGCUUCGUCAAACUCCCCUCAGAAUUCAGUAGUUGGUCCACAUAUGUCUGUUAAUAUUGUUAGUCAUCAAAAUGCAAGAAAAGCAGUUACCUCUCAAGCCGUAAGUAAUGCCAGUGGUAGUAUUGUGAUCCAUUCUCCUAUGGGACAGCCUCAUGCACCUCAGAAUCAGUUUCUUAUACCCACAAGUCUGUCAGUAAAUCCUAAUUCGGUUCACCAUGUCCAGACCAUAAAUGGACAACUUCUUCAAAAUCAGCCUUCCCAGCUUGUUUCUGGCCAAGUAUCCACUGAGCAUGUUAUGCUAAACAGGAAUUCUACGAACAUGCUUAGAACUAACCAGUCAUAUUCAGGACAGAUGCUGAAUAAUCAGAAUGCUUCUGUACAGCUAGUUUCUGGUCAGACAUUUGCAGCUCCUGGAAGCCAAGUUAUAGUGAACCAUGGGACUUCUCAAAUUGUUAGUGGCCAGGUUCCACUACAACAGGGAUCGUCUGCUGUGUUGCAUUUAUCCCCCAGCCAAGGAAACAUUUCCCAAGGUAGAACAGGCUUUACCACAAUGUCUCCUGGACAGUCAACAGGUUCCAGUAUCUCAUCAAGCAACCGGUUUACGGUUGUAAGUUCUGCUGCUACAGUGCAUCCCAACAUUGGUCCAUCAGCCCAGACUGUUGCUUCCGGAGGAAAUUUUGCUGGAGAUCAACUUACACAGCAAAACAGAACACAAUUGUCAGUCACUGUCUCACAUCGUCUUCCAGUUUCUUCUUCCAAAUCAGUGAACACCUUUAGUCACACAUCGGCAUCCCAGCCCCAGUUUUCCUUUGGCCAGACUCAAAAAAAAGUUACAAAUUUGGUGUCUUCAGUUUCAACGUCAAAGUCGCAGGAUAAUCUAAGACCACCUCAACUAACAAGUCUUUUAGGACAAGAGACUGGGGGCAAAAUCAUACAGCAGCCUAUAGGCACAGCACUGACACACCAGGAAAAAGCAGUAGGAUCAUCUUCUGCCCAAACAAAUGUACAGGUCGAUGGCCAUACAAUUGGACAAAAGAGGCCUGCUGCUAAACAACUAACAAAAGGAGCCUUUAUUCUACAGCAGCUACAGAAGGACCAGGCACAUGCUGUGACUCCUGAUAAAACUCAGUUCAGAUCUUUCAAUGAUGCAGUCCAGAGACUCCUCUCAUAUCAUGUGUGCCAGGGAUCACUGCCAACAGAAGAGGAUUUAAGAAAAGUGGAUAAUGAAUUUGAAUCUGUGGCCACACAGCUCCUGAAAAGAACACAGGCAAUGUUAAAUAAAUACAGAUGUCUGCUCUUGGAAGAUGCUAUGAGGAUAAAUCCUUCUGCAGAAAUGGUCAUGAUUGACAGGAUGUUUAACCAGGAAGAAAGGCAAACUCUUUCCCGGGAUAAACGCCUUGCAAUAGUAGAUCCUGAUGGUUUUCUAGCAGACUUUUGUUGUCCAUCCACACAAAUUGACAAGAUUGCUGAUGAAACACAGCCGGCUGAAAGUGAUCAUCAAUCUAACAAAUCUUCAACGUCUCAAAACCAGACUGCUAAUACCCAAAUCAAAGACAGAUCAAGUUCAAGCACAGCAGAGUCUUUAAAUCACAGCAAACUUCAAGUAGUGCCUAACAAUGUUAUGAGUUCACAACAAGGAAACAGUUCUGUUAAAAAAUCAGAAAGCCUUGCAAAAGCUUUAAAAUUUGAGAAAACAAGCUCUUCUCCUGAAAGCCAACAUAUGGCUGAUUCAGAACAAAAAAUCGCUGGCAAAAAUCCAGGAAAGUCAAAUGAAAACUCUUUAGGUUCUGAAGAUCAUUCGUCAAAAACCUUAUCAAGUGUAGAUCAUGGUACGCAUAAUAAAACAUGUCGGAACACAGUUGAUUCUCACUCAGAGACAACAUAUAAUCAUUCCCUCCAAGACAAAACUCCUCGGAGUUCUCCAAAGAAUGAGGAUUUGCAUCCAGACAAUUUGAAAGGUUCUGGGGAACCCCAAAAGGAUUUGCUGCUCAAUAAGAGUUUAGAGACUACAUUCAAAAACAUAUUGGAACUGAAAAAGACUGGGAGGCAGCCACAGAGCGAAGCAACCGGCAGUGGCUCCCUAGAAUUAGAAUAUCCAAACUUUUCGCUUAUUUCUUCACAAGAAAACUGCCUGGAGAAAUUUAUUCCAGACCACAGUGAAGGUGUUGUAGAAACAGACUCUCUUUUAGAAGCUGCUGUAAAUAGUAUCUUAGAGUGUUAAUAGUUACAGUACCAUGGACAUAUUUCUCUUAGAAGUAAAUGUGAAUGACACCACAAGAACAGCCUGACAAAUGUCAAAGGUUACCCUUUCUAAAGUAGAUUCUGUUUUGUGUUUGAAAGCAAUACUCAUUGUGGUUACAGUGAGGUGUCCAGUAAUGUAAACCCUUGAGAGAAAGCUGUCUGGUAGGGCCUACACAUUAUGAUACAGCUUUGCUGAUCGUUUUAACAUUGCAGUUUAAUGAAACUGCAGUUCACUAGGCCCUAAGUUAACAUGGUAAUAUACUGACAAUCACAGUCUAGUAACAGGUUUCUUAAAUAAAAUGUUAGGAAUGUUGUAUUUCAUAGGAAAAGAUCCAUUGCCUCCACCCACUAUCACUUGAUUUUGAGAUUUAAUAUUUGGGGCUAAAAAAAUUCCCCAGUACCUCUAUUUAGAAAUGCCUAUCUCUUGAGGUUUGGAACAGAGAGAGAGGAAUUGGAAGGAGAGAAAAUGGCAUCAGUGUUUACAGGGCUUUAUACUUUUAAAGUGCUUUUCUAUGCUCAGUGAGCAGAAACAAGUAUCUUACAUAGGAAUUUGCUGUAUUGAAUUACACUGUAUAGUUUUUGUCACGUUCAGCACUGCGUAAAAUGAUACAUGCUAGUCUAAGAAGCUAGUAGAUGGGAAAUUGUAUACAAAGAGGCUAUAAUAUAGCCAUAAAAUUCUGUAUAGACACACAUAAAUGUAUAUAUAUAAACACACACACACACACACACACGUUUCAUCAAGAAGAGCUUUUUCAUUUUCUAAUUGGAUAUAGUCAAACUUAAUCUUUCUGAUGUGGUAUAAUUUUUUCUAGACCAAGUGUCAAAAGCACUUUUAUUUGGAAAUCAUUGUAGUAGUUUAUACUUUAAGGAGAUAAUAGCCUUAAUCUGAACAAUUUAAAGGCCAGUGUUUGCUAUUUGCUUAUUUCUGCUUCUUGCAGUUCAAGAAUGUCUGUCAUCUGUAGCAGCAGUUAUAGUUACCAAACUAUGUACAAACCAAAGUUAAUUUUCUAUCCCAUUAAAAAAUUAUAGGUUGAAUUUAGAAUUUGCCGUCCGCAAAUUUGGACUUUGCCUUCUGUUCAUGGAAGGCUUUUAAUCCAGUGGAGGAGCCUGAUGGCGGAGGAGGCUGCAACUUUUGCAGAUUCUUCCUUCCUCCUACAAUGCUCAGUACCAUUUCCCAAAUUGUUCCAAAGGGUUUCCCAACCCGCAUCUGGAGUGGAUUUUCAUAGGGCUGCAGGGGAAGGGAUAAUCAGGAAAUGUCACUUCUUCUGCAUCAACCAAUGGGAGAGUCCCUGAAUCCAAGCCUAUCUCUAAAGGCAUUUAAUACAAGAUCUAGAGCCAAAGGAACCCCUAGCAUGUUUGGAUUUGGCUAGUUGUCAUCACGACAAUAUAAUUAUUUAUUAUUUUAACCCAUGGCAUUUCCCCAUUCUUCCUGUGUGUUUCAGAAAUUAUUCUACCACCAUCACCAGUGCUUCUAGGUACAUUGCUUUUGUGCCAUUAGUAAGAGGGAUGUGGCAUGUAUGCCUACUAAAAAAUAAACUCCAAGAGGUGUGCUUUUUGUAAAGCAAUCUCUCUGCAGCUUCCCCUUACAACCAUAUUCAAAAGCUUCCUUAUGGAUAUCGUCAUAGCCUUAGAGCCCUGAGGUGCACCAGCCUCGACCCAGUGGUAACUGUGUGCAUACAGAGGUUUGGAAUUCAAGCAUUCUCAGUACUGUUUUGGGGAGCUUCCUCUUCCAUGCUUGUGUGGAGCUCCUUGGAGCUGUGUGACACAGCAAGAGUAACAAACUGUGGUUGUCAGUUGGAUUGCCCAGAUAAAGGGCGGAAUUUUGCUUUCUCCGCUCCAAUUUUAUUGUAGCGUUAGAGCCAUAUUCUGCUCUUUAAGUAAACACAAAACACUACCACCGGCCUUGUGUUGAAAUGGAAUAACUAUAGAAUAAUAAAAGAUAAACAAAUUCAGCAAAAUAGUAAUACAACUUAAUGUUCUGUUGACUCUUAAUAGGAUUAGAAAGAUGGGGGGCUUUAAAAUUUUGUUUUUAUUACCACUUUUUUUAAAGUGCCAGUUUUAAAACUAAAUAUUUGUGAAACCCCACAUUCCACGAAGACAGCAUUGCCACUUUGGUUCAUUUUUGUAGGCAUGGGUCCUGUAGUUGCUUUCUUGUCAAUGAUAGUGCAGCAGCUACCUUUCUAUCAAAGAUGCUGCAAAGAAUAAUUCAUUGAACUGUAACCAUAAUGAGAUGUCUAAGAAAGCAGGGUGUAUGUUGCACCAGUCACAGAAAUCAAUUGAUCUAGAAUCUGAUUGGAAGAAUGAUAAAUUUGACACAUACUUGUAAAUUUGUCUUCUUUUGGUUUUAUCUCACAGAAUAAAGUUUCUUAUCAGCUGUACAGAAUAUUCUGAACCUAAAUACCAAAACAAAGCUUACACAUUUUGAAUAUGAUGUGAGAGUUUACUUUUAGAUAAAGGUUUAGCUGAGACAUCUGAAAUGCACUUCCAUCAUAUGUGGAUUAAAUUCCACCUAUAUUGAUUCCAACAUUUAUGCUGGGUACCCACUGAACAAAGUUCAGCUAAAUUAACCUACGGUAGCUAAUGUAUUUUAUUUAUUGAACUUGGUUUUAGAGCUCUGAAUAUUUUAAUUGGUAAUGCAGUAAAAAUAUUUUUGUUGUAAAAAAAAAAAGUGUGAAUUUGUUACGCAGCACAUGGUCCUGAAUCCAGUGAAGACCAUUUAUUUGUGCAUAACUGCUUUGUAGGAUUGGUCUCUUUACUUCCUGGAUGUCUUUCCAUGUUGUCUAAGGUUAAAAGAAAAUUUUAGUUGGCAACUAUGAAAAAAACAACCUGAUUCAACAAUGUCAGCAUAAUUGAGCUGUUAGAUUUGGGAGGCCUUACAGACUGACUUUACUGAAAGAGGAUGUGUCACUUGUUGUCAGUGUGGUAUGGAUUUUAUUUGCUUAAAUACUUUUCAUUUGUAUAGUAUGUCUCACUUGAAAUUGCUUUGUAUACAUUUUGUAAAAAUAUUUAUAAAAUGUUUUGUAAAAAAAAGUAUAACAAAUUGCAGUUUAUUUUGUUAUGUUGGAUAAAUACUGUUAAAAGACAACACGUUGGUAAAAUAUAUUGUUAACCCAUGGAUAGGAAAUGUUUAGCUGGAGACUACGAAUUGAAACAACCAUUGCAAUACAGCCAAAGAUUUGGGAAAAA